AUGGCUGUCGUAUGCGAGAUGAACCUAGCCGAUGCUGACCUGGGGAUAUUGGGGAGAGUGGACCGUGGAGAAAGACCGCGGAGAGAGAAGGGCCCAAUCUACUUCCUCGUUUACAUAGGCUGUUUUGUAGGGCCUAGCGAGAAACUUUGGAUGAUUGAAAGGGGGCCGACACUACGCCGUCCGUGGGCGAAUGCGACCCUAGACGGCACCAGGUGGACAUGGCCGACGAUGAUUUGCCCAGCGUCGGGCAGUGAGAGAUGGAGCCGUUGGACGGAGGCCGGUCAAUUUGACGAGCCAAAGCGGUGCCGUGGAGGGAUCCGGGGAAACCUCACCACGCGGGUGACACUAGCGGUGGAAGACCCGAGUCGGGGGAGUCCAAGCCCCAAACAACGGAUUGCCCGAGCCUAUGUUGAUGAUGACCAGCAACAACAUCAGCAGGAUCAUGCCGCGGCCGGUGGAUCGACAAUAAAAUCUGCCUAUUCCGGUGGUGGCGUACGAUGGUGUUGGAAGAAGCAAUGUGCCAAGCGCAAUAUUUGUAGACGAAUAGAAGAGAAGGAGAGGCACAACGAAAGAAUCCCUUGCGCCGUGGUGGUUGCAGCCGUGAUGCAGUUUGUGCUACAGUCCGAGGAGAAGUUCACGAGCCAGAGGAAUAAAAAGACGGGGUUGCCCAUCCUCGAGGCAAGAUCGACAGCAUCAAAGCAUCUCCAGAGUUCUUGCCCGAACUCUAUCCAGGUUUAUCAUCGGACAUCAUUAUUAUCGGCAUAUUUACGGAGUUAUAUCCGCAUAGCCGUCAUUGGAACGAGAGCCCGUCAGCAGAGUGCAGUAGACACAGUAGUAGACGUAGCAGGCCCUUGGAAGCGGUCCAAGAGGGGACUGAGACUCGAGAGAUUCCACGGCAUUGAGAAUCCGGUAUACCCGAGCCCCGGAUAA